AUGGAGCUCGACUGGAAUACACGGCCCUUAUCCAUCGUACACAAGUCACGAGAAUGGCAUCCAAUGGGUCCGAACGGUACAGGUCCUUCCGUCUCAUCUUCCACUCUCGUAACGCGUCGCCGUUCGACCGUUUUGCACACUCCUCCCGGGCCGCCCCCGAGCCAACCAAUACCGAAUGUUCCCGCUCUGCCCGCUACGCAGUAUGCGACGCAUGAAAGGAGAUCGACUGAUUCCGAGUCUGCACAUCACAACGGUACGAGCUCACAGGUACAUCCGUAUACACGUCCCGCUGCCUCGGCGAAUCUCGCCGCGGUCGCUGCGUUCUCACAAGCUCGGCUGGCUGCCGCGUCGAGUUCCACCCCAUCAUCAUCGUACACCGCGUCAUCGUCCACAGAUAAUUUAAAUCUGUCCGAUUCACCGCCAGUGUCGGUGCUGCGGUCCGUCUAUCCCAAGCCAUCGUCAUCUUCACAGACCGUGGUUCAGGACAGGUCGCUAUUGAGCCCACCGGAUACGCGUCCGUCUAGCGAACCCAGACCGUCAUCGCGACGCGCCUUGACGAAAGCGUUGGAAUUGGCUCGUGAAGCAGUGAGGCUUGACUCUACCAAUGACGAUCCACACGCCGCGGUGGUUGCAUAUGGGCAAAGCGUGGCAUUGUUGAGUGAAGUCAUGGCCCGAGUCAUGAGGGGGGAAGACGGUGCGGAUGGGCAGAAGAGACAGAAUGGACGGCGGAGAAGUGUGGUAGCACAAGAGGAGGAAGUGAGACGGCUUAAGUCGAUUCACGAUACAUAUGCAGACCGCAUGAACAUCCUUAGUCUGAUAUACAGCAUACCACUACCACCAUUCUCACCACCGUCAACUUACACCUCGUCCGUUUCAGCAUCCACUGAAUCUACGCAGCCGCCUUCCCCCACUUCCCCCACCUCCGAAACGUCCGACGCGCACUCGUUCCCAUCCUCGUCAUAUCGACGAAAUUUUGAUGGUCUUCGUCCCUCACUCGAGACCGCUAGAGCCGAUGAUUCGCUAGAUGAGGAUGGGGACGAAGACGCGAUUGGCGUUGCUAUUCCCUCGAGCGUCCCUUCAUCGUCCUCGCGUGCAGCGCCAAUACCUUCGUCCUCAAACACUGGACUACCUCAGUCUGCCCCUCCAGUCCCCACCGCUGGUCCCUCUCCAAACCGACAUUCUAUUGUGCCUAAUUCACGGCCAUUACGGCCGCGUGCCUCGUCAACACUGCCGCCUCCUGCGCCUCCACCGACUACCAUGCCGCCACCCGCCCCUCCUGUCGCAGAACAAGAUGCAUCUGUUUCUCAGCUACUGAGGCCUACGGAUGUUAAUCGAACAAGAGCUGGGUCUGUGAGUCACAAGCGGACAAGUUCAGGCGGUCGGCUUGCGGCUUUGCAUGAAGACGUCGAGAGGCGUGAAGAGACUUCGACAGAGCUCACUCCGACUACUUCUCACCCUCAGGAAUCAAAAUCGAGGAAUGCACUACUGCCUGCUCAACAUGAUCACCCGCUACCCCCUCUUCCUUCACCAUCCCUACCCGAGACAGCAAUAACUCCACGUAAUCCUGUUGCAGCCGCUACUCCUUCCGAGCCGUCAUCAGCUCAUUACCCGGCACCCUUCACAACACCGCGGCCAAGAGGGGACCCAUCGUUCUCCGCGCACUCGGAUAUGGCGACACCGACGAACAAGCCCCCACUUAUCAACACGUCGCCGUUACUGGGCACGAUAUCACAACGUCGCACCAAGGCUUCCGCACCUCCUUCGACAGGUCCAUCUUCUCCCACGGACUCGACAACCUCCGCCGCGUCCGUGCCUGCCAUGAGACUAAAUGCACUACCUGCGAGUACCGUGUCAAGUCUCGCCAUCGUAGGACGAAAUCGAGCUUCAUCACAACCGGGCCGACGACCUUCGGUAGUGAACACAGGGCCUCACGGGUUUCCUACGGCUGUGGGGGCGGUGAACGGCGGGCCCGUUCCACGCAAAGCCUCAAUACCGUCGCGGCUUAAUCCCAAUGUGGCACCUUCGAUAACGGUGAAUACUGCGCUGCUGUCGCCGCCAUUGACAACAGCAGCAAUGAUGCCGCUCGUUCCCCCUCCACCGAUACCAUACGGAAACAUACCCACCGCGCCGUUAUCUCCCCUGCCGUCUCUGGCGCCUCCUGACCCACUGCGAAAACCCUACCAUAUGAUGACUCUGCUGCGACAGACGAUGACGUCCAAGACCGGUGGAUAUGUCACCCGACGUUUGCAUGUUCCGCAGGAGGUAUGGUCACAAGGCGGGGCGAAGCUCACCAAUAUUCCAGAGAAAAUCCGUGUGGUCGAGGUACUCUGUUCUGCGCUUGAAGAGGUGCACAACUGCAGCGUGGAGUAUUUCGGCGCAGGGAACGUGAGCAGCGGGAUGGUCAUGGGCAUCGGGAGUAUCGGGCGCAAGGAGGGCGAGGCAUGGGCGGCUAAGCUAGAGGAGUUCUCCAACGUGUGCGACGGUGUCGUGAGCAACUUCGGGAAGAAGCUAGGGGUCGGAGAGGGCUUCGUCACGAAGAAGAGCAGCGGCGUGACUUCAUGGGGCGGAAAGCUCACGCGGCAGUUCGACAAAUUCACCAACGGGAAGAACUUGGACUCUCCUGCCAUCUACGUCCAAGGCUUGUCGAAGCUCUUCCACCAAGCACUCAUUCUCGACGAACACACCAAAGCAGCUCUAUCACACCCCAUGGCGCCUUUGUACGCGGGUUUCCCCAUCGAUGUCCGCACUGCCCUUGAGAUGAAGCUCAGGCGCGCGUCAGAGUUCUUUGCCAAGGUCGUGCUCACCUUUGUAAUCCGUGAUAUGGCGCUACUUCUUGACAAGUAUGUGAAGAAGUGCGAAAAGUGGCUCGCCGAGUAG